AUGUUAAGGAACAGCAAAUUGGUUCUUCUGGUACUCACCCUGUUGAACCUUGCUGUGGGUAGAAAGACGAAAAGCUCUUCGAUUUACCAUUUCUUGGGAACAUUCAAUGACCACCUAGGGAAGAAUGAUGACUCCCUUCUUACACCGUUCAAGCGUAGAAAGAGAGUAGGGUUGACAAAACGUAAGUUUGUAAAGUAUCACCAAAGGUAUGGCAAAAAUGUACUCCACGGAAGCGUGAAUGGAGAACCUAUUAAGGAGAGCAAUGACUCGGUUGGGGCCGGAGAAGUAAGUAUAUCCCCACCAGCAGCCGCAGCAGACACAUCGAAAGAACCACCAACAGAAACAAUAAACAGGGAAGACUUCAAACCGAAUGUGUUCGAUUAUGACUUUAACGACAAACUUGCAUCUAAGGAUAUCAUUUCGGAAAAAAUGGAAAACCAAAAAAAUGAAGUAAUCAAAAAAUUGAAAAUGCCCAUAAUAGGAACACAGCUAAAACCAUCAGGAGGAUUCACCAAGGAGAUAUUGCAAAUUAUACGAGACAGUAAUGACUACAUAAAUGUAGUGAAUGAAGAAAUAAUAAAAGAUAAGAUGGACCAAAAACUGAGCGGAAAUGAUCUGUCCUUUUUUGACACAGAAAAAACGUUGGAGGAGCAUGAAGUAAAGUACCUAAAAAAGGUGUACGAUAAUAAUCACGUGCUGAACAUGUACAAUUUUCUGCUCGUGUGGAAAGAAAGGAAAAAUCUUGACCUGUCCGUUUUCGUGUCGAAAAUUACAGAACAUUCAAAUUUACUCCCCGGAGAAAGGACAGUAAUUAAAUUUUCCGAAAUUGAAAAAGUUCAAUUUUUAAAAAAAAUAAAAACAAACAGGAAUGUGUGUGUUGCUAUGAUUUUCGUCGAUAAUAAGGGGAAGAAUACGAACGAAGCUGCCAUAAGUCAUAAUAUGUUUCCGAUAGGCAUUAUUGCACACCCGCUAGAUUUGUCCCUCCUGGAUAAAAGUGGAGAAAUAUCCGUGUUAAAUUUGUAUAGAUUUAAAAUAAACAGCUAUAAUGUCACCAAUACGGACUUCCUUGUAAAUGCUGAGCUUUUCCUCGAUAAUAAUAAAAACCUGAGCAAUUUCGAACUCACACAAGAGAACAAAAAAAUUAUUAUGAAUUUGUACGAUAAAAUAUUAGAACUGAAAAUAAAGUAUACCGAAAAAAUGGGAGAUACGAAAGAAAAUGAAAAAUUUAGACACCUGGAGAAAAUCACCGAUAGGAUUGAUGAGUAUGUCAACGUUCUUAAUGUUAAUAAAUCCAUCGACUUUCGAAACAAGGAACUGAAUUUUUUCACCUCCUUAUAUUUGGAAUACUUUUCCUUCUUGGCGCUGGACAUUCACGCCACCAUACCUACCAAGCUGCAGAUGAUGUACACGGAUAAUACGGAGCUGCGUCUGGAAAACGUCAAGCAAUUUUUGAUGCAGAUAUAUGACGAGAUGAAGGUUAAAUUGAGGGGUUUGUGA